AUGGGGACCUAUCUAGGAAUCCCAGAAGACAUUAGUGGAUCAAAAUGUAAACUCUUUGCGUAUAUCAAGGAGCGCCUCCAAAACAGAGUAAAUGGAUGGAGAUCAAAAUGGCUUUCUAAAGGAGGGAAGGAGAUUUUGAUAAAAUCAGUAGCACUGGCACUUCCAACCUACGUCAUGUCCAGCUUUCUACUCCCGUUGGAGGUAUGCGAUCAGCUCACAAGUGCGAUAGCAAGAUUCUGGUGGAGCUCUGACGCAGAAAGAAGAGGAAUUCAUUGGGCAACUUGGGAUAAAAUGUGCAUAUCAAAAGAGGAGGGUGGAACAGGUUUCAGAGACAUCCAUGACUUUAAUCUAGCCCUGUUAGCAAAGCAAUUAUGGAGACUCUUACGGUUUCCGGACUCCUUGUUGGCAAGAGUCUUGCGAGGAAAAUACUUCCCUUACAGCACACCACUUAGAGCUGGCCACACUGACUCUCCGUCGUACGGAUGGAGAAGUAUUCUAGCGGCUAGACCAUUGCUAACAAUGGGAAUCCUGCAGAAAGUUCACUCUGGACUCAAUACUAGAGCUUGGGAGGAUCCUUGGAUCCCAACUAUCCCAGCUAGACAUGCAAAUCCAAGGAUCCCAGUUGUCCAUCCUAGAAUGACCGUUAGCGACUUCAUAAACAGAGAGAUAAAGGCAUGGAAUGUAGAGAUGUUAGAAGAAUAUAUGGAGCCAGAGGACAUUCCCCUGAUACGAAGUAUAGCCAUCAACAAGACUUUCCACAUGGAUAGCUUUAGUUGGGGCUAUACUAAGAGCGGUCUCUAUACAGUAAAAUCAGGGUAUUGGGUGGCAAAAAAUUUACUCAAUCCAGCAGAAGAAACAUGUUCGGAACCAAGUAUCCGACCUUUACAAGUUCAAGCUUGGAAGAGCAAGGCCCCUUACAAGAUUAAGCACCUCUUAUGGCAAAUCAUUUCAGGUUACUUAGCGGUUACUAAAAACCUCAAUCACAGAGGGAUGAGAUGUGAUAAUCACUGCCCUCGCUGCGGAGCUCCUGAAGAAACGAUUAACCACGCCAUAUUUGAAUGUCCACCAGCUCUUCAAACGUGGGCCCUUGCCCCCAUUCUUACGCCACCAAGCUUAUUUCCCUCGUCUGGGAUAUACACGAACAUGGACUAUCUAUUCUGGAGAAGACCUAACAUGGAUAAUGCUGAGGAUGAUUGUGAUCCCUUUCCAUGGAUCAUAUGGUUCAUAUGGAAAGCCCGCAAUGAGAAACUCUUCCGUGGAAUCAACAGAGACCCAUUAGGGACUGUUCGCCAUGCAGUAGCUGAAUGUCGAGCUUGGCACCAAGCCAAUUCUAAAGCUCCACUUCUUUCAACGACGGGAACCCAAGCCAUACGCUUGAGAGAUGUAUGUAUUGUCGAUGGCUCUUGGCACCGAGAACAAGCCCACAGCGGAGCUGGAUGGAUUUGGAUAGAUCCAGAUGGAACUCAACGCUUACUAGGCAUCCAUAACCAACCACGACGCAUCUCCCCUCUUCAUGCAGAAUUAGAAGCAUUAAUGUGGGCUAUGGAAUGUGCAGCGCAGUAUACCAACGUUCAAGCCUUUGCAACUGACUGCCAAGACGUCUUAAAGAUGAUCGAGAAACCAGAGGACUGGCCAAAGUUCUCAACGGAGUUGCAGGAGUUCAGUAGUCUACGAAAACUUUUCUCCUCCUUCUCUAUUUCGUAUCUCCCUCGUGCUUCAACUAGUAAAGCUGAUCAUCUGGCUAAGCUUGCUAGGUUGUACCCUAGGUCCUUAUCUUUUGUUGGUUAUUCUGUUCCGGGGUGGGUAACCACACCAACUCGAGUUUGA